UUUGUCGUUUUAGAGGCGUCAAAUCUGUUUCUUCGCGCUGAGCUCAAACUCAAAGACGACCAACAGAGGGCAGCAGAUCAACUUCCGCUCCUCCGUUUGUCUGACCAAUGAGCUUCCGCAGUACAGGACCAAACGCAAAACAUGGCCGCGUCCAUAGAAGAUGAUUUUGAGUCUAAUAACCAGGACUACUACUCUCUACUCAACGUCAGGAAAGAGGCUACUCUAGAUGAGCUAAAAGCGUCAUAUCGGAGGCUGUGUAUGCUCUAUCACCCUGACAAACAUCGAGACCCUGAGCUGAAAAGACAAGCUGAACAGCUUUUCAACCAAGUGCACCAGGCGUAUGAAGUGUUGAGUGAUGCUCACUCUAGAGCCAUCUAUGACAUCUUUGGAAAGAAAGGGCUGGAAGUGGAAGGAUGGGAGGUGGUGGAAAGAAAAAGAACGCCAGCAGAAAUUCGAGAGGAAUAUGAAAGGCUGCAGCGAGAAAGAGAAGAGAGGAGACUGCAGCAAAGAACUAACCCCAAGGGCACCAUCAGUGUAGGUGUGGAUGCGACAGACCUGUUUGACCGCUAUGAUGAGGACUUUGAGGAGAUGCCAGGAGGAGGCUUUCCUCAUAUCGAAAUCAACAAGAUGCACAUUUCCCAGUCCAUAGAGGCUCCUUUAACAAACUCUGACACAGCAGUGCUGUCUGGCUCACUCUCUACACACAACGGGAACGGAGGGGGCAACAUUAACAUGACCGUUCGCAGGGUGACGUCAGCCAAAGGCUGGGGAGAGGUGGAGUUGGGGGCAGGAGACAUACUGGGACCUCUCGUUGGGUUGAAGGUGUUUCGCAAUCUCACUCCCCGGUGUUUCUUGACAGCCCAGUGCGGUUUGCAGUUUUCUCCUCGUGGUUUACGCCCAAGCUGCUCUUUGAUGACAGCGCGCCACUUGGACCAGAACACUAUGGGUUAUCUUCAGUGGCGCUGGGGGCCCAACAGCGCCAUGACCACCAGCGUGGUGCGGGACACAAAGCGCACCCACUUCACUCUAGCUCUGCAGCUGGGUGUGCCUCACUCCUACCUAAUGAUGAGCUACCAGUUCAAGUUCCAAGAUGAGGACCAGACCAAAGUUAAAGGCUCUGUCAAGACAGGCUGGUUUGGCACUGUGGUGGAAUAUGGAGCAGAGCGGAAGAUCAGCCGACACAGUGUCCUGUCAGCCACUGUCAGCAUCGGCGUCCCUCAGGGAGUCACACUGAAGAUCAAGUUGGCACGUGCCAGUCAGACGUACCUGUUUCCAGUCCACCUGACAGACCAGCUGCUCCCCAGUGCUGUCUUCUAUGCCACCGUGGGACCCCUGCUGGUCUACCUGGCCAUCCACAGACUGGUCAUCAUCCCAUAUACACAACAACAGAAAGAACAAGAUCUAGAGCUGCAGAGGAAGAGCUCAGCCACAGACAUCGCCAAGAAGAAGCAGGAGGCAGAGUCUGCUGUUGUGCUGAUGCAGGAGUCUGUGAGGAGAAUCAUAGAAGCAGAAGAAUCCAAGAUGGGUCUGAUCAUCCUGAAUGCCUGGUAUGGAAAGUUUGUGUCAGACACCAGCCAGAAGCAGGAGAAAGCCAAGGUCAUUGAUGUCACUGUGCCUCUACAGUGCCUGGUCAAGGACUCCAAACUCAUCCUCACUGAGGCUUCUAAGGCGGGGUUGCCGGGCUUUUAUGACCCCUGUGUAGGAGAGGAGAAGAGUCUAAAACUACUGUACCAGUUCAGAGGUGUCAUGCACCAAGUCAUCUCUGCAGACACUGAGGCGCUACGGAUACCCAAGCAAUCUCACAGAAUUGAGUCCGAGUCCUAGGAGCCCACCACUGUUGGAGCACCAGAGGGCAAGUGAAGACACAAACAGACUUUCUGCAAACAGAAGAACCCAAGAAUAGAGGGGACACAUCAAAAAUAAGUCUGUUGCUGUCCUCUGGUCCUCCUCUGUCAUGGUAUUAGUGAAUCUGUUCCUCCACUCCUCCCUCUCCUGUGGACCAUCUCCCAGGUUAAGUAGAAUACAGGAGUCAGCUCUGAGUUUCUACAAGGUGUUAUUUGUGUCUCUUGUCUGCUACACCUGACAGAGCUGCUCAAAUAUAUGCCUGCUGCAGUACAUCAGACAUUGGUCCUGAACAUAGUUUUAUAUAUGCACUACACAGAGGGACUGAUAGUCCCAUCAAUGAUGAGCUAAAAGUGCACAGAUAGAUUAAAACCUGUGUCUUGACAUUGACAAGCGUGCAGCCGUGUAAACAAAUGAGCUGUGCUGUAAUUUUGCCCCAUAUCAUUGUAGUCUUUGUCCUUUCUGUGCAUCACCCUUGUAGUUUUGAAUCUUUUGAAUGAAUAAUGUUAUAAUAUACCAGUCAUUUCACUAACUCAUGCAAACAUUUAAGGAAAACUAUGCAGGAUCAAGUCUCGUAUCCCUGAGGCUGGCCAGGACUGAGGACUGAUUGUGUAACUCAUGUUUUUGUUUACUUGUAAAAAAAAUGUCUCAUCCUAAUUUAUUAUGCCUUUAGUGACAUGUCUGCUGCUCAUGGGGGUGCAAAGUCAGGCGGUGCAAAAAAUGGUGCUCAAAACCUGUGAGUGUUUGGAUGUGGGAGUGUGGGGAAGGAUAGCACAGGGAGGGAAAGCGAUAGAGUUGUGCUCUAUGGUAGUGAUGGUAGUGAUCCAACCACAGAGAGAAAUGGCAAAAAGGUUCAUUCAGAAUUUAUAUCAUCAUCUCAGGCUGCAUUGCAAUAUAAAAGCAGAACUUCCAUUUAAGAUUUGGUUUACGACAGUCUUUACUGAUGAAAUUGCAGCCAAAACAGAAUUCUUGACAAUGAUUUUUAAUACAGUGAGUUAUAGCUUGUAGCAGGCACAGAGCCAGUGAAUAACUACUCGUGUGGAUUAGUAAUCAUUUUUCAAAAUUUGAGAUAUGAAUGAAGACUUUCAGUAGAGGGUGUAGGUCAAUUCUUUCCCUCACGUAGUUUAUGUUUGCUGCUGGAGCAGUAUGGGGCUAAAACAGUGACAGUUAAAUUUUUGCAUUGAAAAAAGGUCUGAGUCUAGACCUUUGAAUCCACCCACUCCACCAAGUGAUUCGUCUAGCAUCGUGACAUGAAACAGCGGCUUCUCGGUUGAAAAAGCAAUCGAUCCAGUGAGCGCUGCAGGUGGACUAAUGAUUAGUCAGUCAGCAGUAUGGGCGGGACUAACGCUGUUGUCAAGCCUUGUCAAGCUGUGUGAUGGAACCAAGGAGGAGUAAAACUAGGCAGUGCUGAUCAAAUGUGAAUCAAGAUUCUGUUACAGCAUUGCCUAUUUCUCACCUCAAAUGUUUUCAGAAACAUAUUUUAGUGUAUAUGAGAAAGUUUGUGACUUGCCCACCGUGUCGAAAACGGACGACCCAAAACCAAACACCGCCCAUCUCGCAGUACGUCACCCACCACAUCACCACCAGCUGGAGCGUUUAGUGGUGAUUGAAAUGAAUCCCCCUCCCCCUGUGGGAUUCAAUCGGUUAGAGUGGAGGCAAUGUAAGACUGAAGAUGGACAAUUCUGUCUCAUAUCAGGCAAAAUUCCUUUUGCAAGAUAGAUAUUGAUCUCAUUGAUGAAAUCUAACAAUUGUAGUCGUGGGAACAUGAUUUCAGUUGGGGGGUUGCUGAUUAUUCACCAGACACGCCAACAGGAUCGGUCAGGAUCUAAUGUUAAUUCAUGUUCUGUGUUCUUCUACACAUCCAAAAGGUCAGCUGUUAAACACACAGUGCAGAUUCAUACAAUGAAAUCUUUUGGAGCAAAGUCGUCCUUCUGUUAAAUUCUGAGCUCCAUCAGAGCUGUCUAAAAAGUUUUAUUUCAGAAGCUAAAAGUUUAAUUCUGUUUCCCCUGGAGAAACACUCAUACAUCAAUACAACACACAAUAAAGAAAUCAUCUUAAAAGCUUGCGCUGCUCGACAUAAUUUGAAAAGCAAUAUAGCCUAUAGGGACCGGUAGAGGUGGAGUGUAAUGUCCACUGAAAGCGGCCGCGUCGCGUUCAGUCUCUGUGAAACUGCCAGAGACAAUUCUAACCGCCAUGUGUCAGCUGGGUCCAUGAGCCACGCGUCUCACGCCUGUUUCUUUUCCCCACUCCGCUCUCUACGUGCAGGGUCUAUUUUUGCCAGACCAGCUCGCACACGACAGAAAGAAAUAAAUUAGCCCAUUGCAACAACGCAAAUGGGCCUAUAGGUUGCCAGCCACCUGGAGGCAGGGGUGCUGCACCUUGGGGUGGGGGGUGCACCUCCAGCACCCCCUGCUUCCCACAGCCAUGAUUGUAGCUGCCACAUUAGUUUGUCUGCAUGUAAAGUGAAGCUUCAUGUUUUUACUGGACAGAAC